UUGGCAGGAAAUUCUACUGCCUAGCAGCUGCUUCAAAAUGACAUGUGCUCUAAAACUUCCCAUGCAGUUGUUCAAGUUGAAUAUAUCUGUGUUAGGCAACCAGUCAUUGCUAUCAUGCAGGCUUCCAACAAUGAAAUCAAUGGAUAUGCAGAGCCUCCACUGUUGUGCAGCUUUGAAUGAAGCUGUGACUGCCCGUUACAGAGCCACAAGAAAUAGAACUUUACCUCUCACAUAUGAAAUGGCAAAAGGACCUUUCAGAAUUGGCACUGAAAAAUCAUGGAACUCUUGGAACACAAGCAAUUUAUUAGAUGGAAAACGCCGGUCAGAGUCAGCAGUUGAUGACAUUUUCAUCAGAAGAUUCAUAACCGGCACUUGGCACGAUCUUUUUGUCUCAGAGGUAAUCAUCAAGCGCCAAUUCAACAUGAUUCGCAUAGCAGGACUUGUGCAGCGCAAGGUCCAACCUCGGAAGAUGUAUUUCCUCAUUGGUUACACUGAGGAGCUUCUUUCCUACUGGCUUAAGUGUCCUGUCAAACUCGAACUACAGACCGUAGCCACAAAGGAAGAUGCUAUCUAUAAAUACAUCUAAGAUUUGAACUGUUCUUUAAGGUAAUUUUUUACAGAACUCAAAGCUCUGAAGAUCACCACAUGACUAUACCUUGCAAGGGUACAGAGUUUCAUCAGUUGCCUCCACUAACUUCAACACAAUUAUUUGACUGAACUGUGCUCCAUUCGACACAUCAGUACCUUUCUGUUAUUGAGUCAUCUUUUGUCGGAGACAAUUUCCUUCAAUAUUUUUAUGGUUCAGUUAUCCAAUAAAUUUCAACUUUGUUGUAAAUAUAAAUACAAAAAUAGAAUAAUUUUACAUCGAUAACGAUAACACAUUAUGUAUAGCCCUCGCAAUCCAAAGCAUGUUCUUAAAAGCUUUAUAAACAUACGAGUUAUGUUCAUUCUGCCGAUUGUCGGUUGAACAUAGUUUUUUCUAACUCAAGCUCCUAUGUCAUGGCCGAGUGUGAUAAAGUAAACAGACUACCAAUGUCUGUCAUUGGACGAGAGUGAAACUGACGUAUAAAAUUAAAAGAUCUUAUCCAAAGAUUCGGUACUCACAGAAAAAAUGGAAAUGGCGUCAUCUCUUCCACUACAGAAGGAUAUGUAUGUAUAUAGGUAGAUCUCCCACACACUUGAAGCUUGUAAGGGAUUAAAAUAAACUGCUGCUAUCGGCA